AUGGGCCCCAUCUCGACGCCGCUUCUCCGGCACAUGUUCCGGCAAGCAUCUCAAGAUCCUGACCGCCACGCAUUCUCUCUCUGGCAAAACCUACUACAUGAGCGGUUCCCAAGCCCAGGAGUACACUCUGUGAUAUGCGAUAUCCCACCAGCCGAUAGACCGCCGCGCGAUACCCUUGUCGUCAGCCGAUACGAUGCCGCCAGAAACACAAUGACCCCGUUGCUGUGGGUGGAAUGCAGGGUACGUGGUGGUACUGUCGAGGGUCUGGAAAGACAAGCCGUCGAGUCGGCAAAAUCGUGUCUGGAAACGAGUGGCUUGCCAUCUGUUUUCGUCCUCACCGUCGUGGGAGUUUCGUUUCGGGUAUGGCUGUACGAAGACGGUGCUGACCAGCUCACUUCUCUCUAUGGGAGCCCCAGUGUCGCAAAUUUGGGGCAGUACAUCGAUGUUGAUUCAGAAAAGGCAGAUCUGUUGAUGUUCUUCUUUGAACUGGCCAGGAACGGGGCCAGAAACGUGAGGGAUGCACGGGAGCGUCUUUUGGACCAUCUCGUGGCACGUACAAACGGCCAUUUGGAGUAG